AUGGCACUCGUACACGAAAAAAGCUGUCCUUGCACAACCAGCGCGCUGGACCUGUUCACGGUGCCGCCGACCCAGCUGGCGGUCGAAGACGGGUAUGCCGUUGAUUAUCACCCCAUCGCUAACAUUGACAGCGGUCCAAUCGAAUUUUUUGUGUCGGGCAGCGGAACGGAAUACGUCGACCUGGCAAAAACCUACCUUCAAGUGAAAGCUAGAGUGGUGAAAGCCAAUGGCGCCAACUUGGAGCCGACGGAUAAGGUUGGACCCGUAAAUCUCUUCAUGCAGUCCCUCUUUAGUCAGGUGGAUGUCAGCCUGAAUGAGAAAAUCGUCACACCUUCUAUGCCGACCUACCCCUACCGGGCCUACGCCGAUGUCAUGCUCAACUAUGGUCCUGCUGCGCUGAAGUCUCUCUACACCAUGAGCCUCUUUCAAAGGGACACUCCGGGCAAGAUGGAUGUUGCAGAGCCAUCCCCAGAAGAUGGUGAUGCCGAUGAAAACGAAGGAUUGAGUGCUAGGUACAGGUACGCGAAAAAUUCGGCCUUGAUCGAGAUGAUCUCACCCAUUCACGCCGACCUCUUCUUUCAACCCCGCUAUCUCAUCAACGGGGUAGAUCUUCGCGUGAAACUCAUACGUCACAAGGAUGCGUUCAGCCUCAUGACCAACACUCCGGCUUCUGGCUACCGUGUCAAGAUCGAAAGUUGCACCCUCUACGUAAGGAAGAUCAAAGUAUCGCCUUCAACGGCCUUGACUCUAGAGAGAGCGUUGGAGAAGACCACGGCCAAGUAUCCCAUCGACCGCGUGGUCACGAAAGUGAUCUCGGUCUCGACCGGUCAGAUGUCCCUCCAGCAAGAUCACGUGUUCUUAGGCCAGCUGCCGAAGAAGGUGGUCGUGGCCAUGGUCGACAACAGGGCGUUCAACGGGAAUUACGAAAAGAACCCGUUCAACUUUCAGCAUUUCAAGACCAAUUACCUGGCCCUUGAUGUGGAUGGGAAGCUCGUCCCUAGCAAACCUUUCCAGCCAGACUUCGAAGGUGGCACGGGAAAAGAAUACCUGCGAGAAUAUUACACCCUCUUUUCGGAGCUUAAUAAGCUCGAAAUGCAGCCCGAACUCUACAUUUCGAGAGAUGACUACGGUAGAGGGUUCACCAUGUUUGCUUUCGAUCUGACGCCCACCGGAAAUUCGGAAGGAAGUUUCAACCUCCGAAAGAACGGCAAUCUCCGUCUGGAUAUUCAUUUCAAGGAACCGCUCCCCAGGACCAUCAACAUCAUCGUCAUUGGAACUUUUGAGAACGUGGUCGAAAUCGACAGAGCUAGAAACAUCCUCUACGACUUCAGCGUGUAA